UGUGACAAUUAAUAAUGCCGGUAACUGGAACAAAAUCAGGCUGACUUCUCAACAAUGGAAGCACCCUUCAUGAAUGACUGCCAGCAGGGCUCCUCCUCUGCCUUUCCUCCACUGGCUGGGUGGCCAAAUCUCAGCCCUGCACAUCAACAUCUAUGCUGAAUGUUUGCUGACAAUGCAACUUUUCAACCUAGCUAUUAAAAUAGUUGGGCCUUUUUCAAAAAUGGCAAAAGUAAAUCUCAGGGACCCUUCGUCUCGUUUGUCCUGGAGAGAGAGCCCAUUCCUCACCACUAUGUCCCAGAAUCAGUCGUCGCAGACAGCUGACUCCUUCAGUCAAGAUGUAUUCAACCAGUUGUUUGAUAUGCUGGACCAGUCUGCCAUUCAUUCAGUCCAGCCCAUUGAACUGAACUUCACAGACAGUCCAAUUGAUGGAUCUGCAGGAAACACCAUUCAGAUCAGUAUGGACUGCAUAACCAUGCAUGAGCCCGAUGAGACGCUUGCUUCACAGUACACAAACCUGGGGCUCCUGAACAGCAUGGAUCAGAACAUUCAGAAUGGUGGCUCGACCUCUACUAGCCCCUACAACAACGACCACGCACAGAACAACGUGACAGCCCCGUCACCCUACGCUCAGCCCAGCUCCACCUUUGAUGCCCUUUCUCCCUCACCGGCCAUCCCAUCCAACACAGAUUAUGCGGGGCCCCACACCUUUGAUGUGUCUUUUCAGCAGUCUAGUACAGCAAAGUCUGCCACCUGGACGUACUCAACAGAGCUGAAGAAGUUAUACUGCCAAAUUGCUAAGACAUGUCCCAUCCAGAUCAAAGUCCUGACCACCCCACCACAGGGUGCUGUGGUCAGAGCCAUGCCUGUUUACAAGAAAGCCGAACACGUGACCGAAGUGGUGAAACGCUGCCCGAACCACGAGCUGAGCCGCGAGUUCAAUGACGGUCAGAUAGCCCCUCCGAGCCACCUGAUCCGUGUGGAGGGAAACAACCACGCCCAGUACGUGGAGGACACCAUCACUGGAAGACAGAGCGUAUUAGUUCCCUAUGAACCUCCCCAGGUGGGGACAGAAUUUACUACAAUUUUGUACAACUUCAUGUGCAACUCAAGCUGCGUGGGUGGGAUGAACAGACGCCCGAUUCUCAUCAUUGUCACUCUGGAAACCAGAGAUGGUCAGGUAUUAGGCCGCCGGUGCUUCGAGGCCAGGAUCUGUGCCUGCCCGGGCCGAGACAGAAAGGCAGACGAGGACAGCAUUCGGAAGCAGCACGUAACGGACGCCACAAAGAGCAGUGAGAACCCCUUCCGCCAGGUCACCCAUGGCAUACAGAUGUCCACCAUCAAGAAGAGAAGAUCUACAGAUGAGGAGGUUUUUUGUUUGCCUAUCAAAGGCCGUGAAAUUUAUGAGAUUUUGGUAAAAAUCAAAGAGUCUCUUGAGCUCAUGCAGUUUCUGCCACAGCACACUAUAGAGUCGUACAGGCAGCAGCAGCAGAACCUCCUGCAGAAACAGACUUCAGUGCCGUCUCAGCCCUCCUACGGCUCCUGCUCCCCGACUCACGGAAAAGUCAACAAGCUGCCUUCUGUCAGCCAGCUCAUGAACCCCCAGCAGCGUAACACACUCACCCCAUCCAGCAUGUCUGGAGGCCUGACUGACAUGUCUCCUAUGAUGGGCACUCACAUCCCCAUGAAUGCUGACAUGAGUUCACUGAGCCCCACACACGCACUGCAGCCACAGCUACCCUUGGUGCCUUCCUCCCACUGUACUCCCCCUCCUCCAUACCCAAUGGACAGCAGCAUCUCCAGCUUCCUUAUACGGCUGGGCUGCGCAGGCUGCUUGGACUACUUCACAGCACAAGGCCUAACCAACAUCUACCAGAUUGAGAACUAUAACAUGGAGGACUUGUCCAGGCUGAAGAUCCCGUCAGAGUUCCAGCACAUCAUCUGGAAGGGCAUCAUGGAGCACCGACAGGCCAUGGAUUUUUCCCCUCCUCCCCAUAUAGUCCGCACCACCAGCGGGGCCUCCACCGUCAGCGUGGGCUCCUCUGAGGCUCGAGGCGAGCGCGUCAUCGACGCUGUACGCUUCACCCUGCGCCAGACCAUCUCCUUCCCGCCACGUGACGAGUGGUCCGACUUCUCCUUUGACCUGGAUUCUCGCCGCAACAAACAGCAGCGCAUCAAGGAAGAGGGAGAGUAAGACGACCUCCUCUCAGUCUUCCCGUUUGCCAUUUCAUUCCUGCUGUUGGAACAUUUCAAGUUUGAGAACACAUUGAGCUGAUGAGAACAAAAUACAUAGUCAUACAUAACUGCACUUAUUGUCAUUGUUGUCCUGGUGCUCGUUAUCACGGAGAAAAAAUAAAUGGUGGUGUGCAAAGGUAUGUUUUUUUUUUUUUUUCUAAUUUCUUGAGAGCACUUAAGAAAUGCUGAGGUUUUCAAGAUUGCUUUGAGUUUUUAAGUGUUCUUGAUUCAUUCCUAUGACUGGAAACAAAACUUUAUAGGGCUUAGUAGGGCUUAUAUUUCUGCUAUGGGCCACAGAAAAUGUGUAUUGUAAUUUGUAAUAGACUUCUAUGUUUUCGCCUUUAUGGUUAGACAAGUUAGUCAAGUACACUGGUUUUCAUUUGCAGCAGAAGUCAGCAUUGAUUGUAUACAUUUCAAACAUUUCCUGUCAGAAGUAUUAUGUCAUUGAUCAGUAAUUUGUUUUUCUGCUGUACUUUCUAUAUUAUGCUUUUUUUAUGUCUUGUGAGACCAAUGCAUCACUUGUUCAUGUCAGAUUGUGAAGUACGCAUGUUUAAGUGACGGUGGUCAUUCAUUUGAUGUAGCCAUAUAUAGGCCUAAUGUUCCUGACCCAGUGUUUUACAGUAAAAUACUAUGACUGAUGGUGUUUGUUGCUCUGUUGUUUUACUGCAGUGCUAAAGCGGUUGUUUGAAUUUUAUGAGCAGGCUUUUGCUCUUUCUGGAUGCUUGUCACAAAUACUUUGUUUUUAUUCAUGAACAAUGUUUUGGUAGAGGUAUAUUUACAUUUGGUAACUGGAUGGACGCUAUCAUAUAAAUGUAUAUAUAUUUGUAUAGUUCUUUUUUGAAAGUCUCCCUAAAGAAAAUGCACGAUUUUCAUCAUGGAACAAAUACACAUACUGAUGUGAAUAUUACCUGGUAGCCUGGUACCUGGAAGAACAAUGUUUUGUAUUACUUCAAUGGCGUACAUUCACUGUGUGUGUACCUACACCAAUCCUGUGUUCAACUUUGUUUCAAGAAGCCAGAAAUGGUAGAAAGCAUAAAUUGUUAGCACAAAGUACCUGCAUUUUCAUAUUUUUGUACAAUGUAUUGUAAAUAUGUUGCAACAUACCACGGGUAUUUUGAUAUCAAAAAUAAAUAUCCACAUUUGCUUUAUUGCAUGUUAA